CUUAUGUGCCUUUUUUUACAGCGACACAAGCUGCUCCCUCUGUCGAAGCUUGUCCGCCCGAUAGCGUCGUUUCCGAAGAUUCCUGCAAAUGUGAUCCGAACUCUUGCAGCAAACCUCCCUGUUUGUCGGAGCUCAUUCUGGCUACGAAUGGCAGCGAUCUACCCGGUCAAUGCUGCCCAGCAUACUCUUGCGUUGGCUGCGCGAACGAAACAAUGAUCGAUGGAAAGUGUCCUUGCGCUACAGGAGCCAUAAUCAUGGGACACACAUGCGUUUGUGUGGACAGAGGGAAGAGUUUGAUUGAUGGAAAGUGUGUUUGCAACCCUCUACAAUGUCCAAUGCCACAACUUUGUAAUAAGACAUCAGUAGCAGUUACUGUAACCGACGACUGCUGCAAGAAAACCAUAUGUCAACCGUGUCCUUCUGACAGUGAAUCAACCAAUUUGGAAGGAGGUGAACUCGAAGACCAUUGUGUAUGCCUGCCGUGCAAAACUGAUUGCGGCAAUAACAAGACAGUGGUGAUAAAGAAACACGGCAGCGGCUUUCCAGGUAACUGUUGCGAUCUCUAUGAAUGCAAAAAAUCAGAAGAAACUAUCGGCUGUUUCUACGGCGAAGAAUUUUACGAAAACGGAAAAGAAUGGCUCACUCUCGAUUCGCAAAUUUGUAAAUGUAACAAUGGACUCUCCCUCUGCUCCAAAGCCAAGGAAAGAGAGGCUCAGUCUUGCUUCAUGGACAACAAGCUGUACCACGAUUCGGAGUCCUGGACCCGUGAAGAUGGAUGUACUGAAUGUGUUUGCAAAAGCGGUAUAGAACAAUGUAUAUCCCACUUUUGUGACGUCAAGGAGAGCCAUAUCCAGAAGAAUCAUUUCUGCCUGAAAAACAACCACAUCUAUCAACACACAGAAUCCUGGACUGAAGCAGAUGGGUGCACAAAGUGUACCUGCAUCAACGGAGACGAGAGCUGUUCUAGUGAUCUCUGCGAGGAACAAACUACUAUGAAACUAGCUGAAUGUCAGCCAUUGUCCAACUGCAACAAAACUUGUAUCAAUGGAUUCAAGAUAAACAAAAAAGGAUGCGAAAUAUGCAGGUGUAAUAUUGUACGGCUAGGACAAGAUAUCCUUUUCAAAUACAAUAUAUCGCUAAAUGAACUCAUCGGAAUGUUGGACGAAUACAAAAACAAACGAACUUCGACUCCUUCGAUUUCUUCGACCACGACAUCGACUACUACUACUACCACAAUGAAAAGCGUAAUUGAAUUAACAAGCAGCACAACCAGACCGUUUGUUGUUGUCAACAGAGCUAACUUCUUGGAAGACACUUCUUCAACCACCCCUGAGCCUGUGGUAGUCCCAGCUGAUGCAGGGAAAGAACCUUGGGUAUACAUAGCCAUCCCUGUUCUUGCUGGUGGGAUCUUCAUUUUCGUCAUCGCCAUUAUGUGUGUCUAUAAGAGCAGAAGAAAUAGCAGCAUUGACUUGACACAUUGUCAAUACCAUAAUGUAAAUAAUAAUAACACAAUCAAGAAAACUGAACCAUUGCUUUAACUUGAAUCCUUUUUGAAAUGUUUGUGAUAUGUGAUGCAACAAAUAGAUUCCUUUCAGUUGUUCUUCUGAAUGGUUUAUUUUCAUAGAUUAAAGGUUUUAUUUGCCAUUAGUCAGAUGGCAUAAGACUAAAAUGACAUGCUGCUGUCAUUAUCAACACUGAGUGGGGUUAUGUUGUGUAGAUUUUUUAUUCUUGACUGUUAUGAAAUAGGAGAACGUUAAUUUAUUUUUAUAAUAUGGGAUGUUAAAAAUAUGAUUAUUUUUUUAACGAGGUAUAUUUGUUGAUUUGUUAUGGGUAACUUUAUUUUUAAUUUGAUUACUUACACUUGUAUAUUUGUACAUUUCGGAGUAAUUUUAUUUUUAUAAAAUUUUUUUCAAAUUUUGGUGUGAGUGACUUGUUUUUCUAACAUGUUCAGUUAGAUAUAAUCUAAGCUUUCUUUAACACUGCUACUCAUUCGAUAUUUUUUUUCUCUUCUUUGAAAUGUUUGAUAUUCAUUAUGAAAGAUGGUGAAAAACUAUAUGAAACCACAGGAAAGAGAAUGGCUGAUAAUAAUGUUUCAACUAUAAUCCAACCUUGGUUUCUGCUUGUUCGGAAACUGAAAAGUGCUAAUGUGAUUUUAACAAUGUCAUCAAUUCUGCUCAGCUCUUCUAUACUUUCAUCAUAUUUUUUAACAUUCUCUAUUUCUCACUUUCGGUAUCCAGGGUAGGUAUUGUUGUAUAUUUUUGAUGAAGUGACAAAAAAAUCCAGUUGACAUUUGAUUGGAAAUCGAUUGUGUAAAGAAAUCAUGAUUUACAAUUAUCAUGUUUCAGUUGCUAAUUUGUCUUUCAAGUAACAUAUUCGAACAUGUUUUAUUUAACACAUCCCAAUGCAAUUGCUUCAGAGUGUUCUCAAAGUAGAUAGCUGUUGUCAUACUAUGUACAUAAUAUAAAACUAAUUAUUCAAUAUUGUUGGAGAUCUCUAGUAAUAGUUUGUUGGGUGAAUAUUUAUGAAGUAUAUAAUUCGAGUAGUAACAAAUCAUAUUUCCUCAAAGAAAUAUGAGAGAAAGAGAGAACAAACUAAUAAAUGCACUUUGCUUCUUUCUUUAUUUUAAAUGUGAUAAGUUGCUUUCUCUCAUGCUUUUCGAAAUCCUUGAUGUAGAUUUUGAUUGUUCCUAAUAUUAAGACUUUCGAGAACUUGAUAGGUUAUUAUAUAUUUAUUAUAUUAAAUGAGAGCAGACAAUGUUCGUCUUGCAAAUUUUCUUUUUCAGUAUUCUACAAGUAUUUUCAUUAAAGUAAUUGGAUCUAUCUUUUUUACAUUACUUAGUGAUUCUCUGCUUUCUAUUUUAGUUAUAUCAUAUUUUGAAAGUGAUUUAAAUAUAUAAGCAUUAUAUGUACUAAAAUAAGUAGGAUUAAUUUAUCUAUAGCUGAGUAUAAAAGUAAUAUUUAUUCAUAUAUGUUGUACAAGAUUUGACUGUACAUAAUAAAGUAGUAGAUAGACUUUC